AUGCCAUCGCGUGGUGAUAUAAAACGGGCCUCGGCAAAUCCAAAAUCAAGCUCAUCCGAACCCACUCGCGCGCACAGGCACUCAAGCCCACGGACCUGGCUUCGCAAUGCAGCGAUCUUUGUCUCAGUAGCUGCAGUUGCAGGAACGGCGAGCGGAUAUUUAUCAUUCCGCGACAUUCUCAAGAUCGCAUCUCCCUCCCUUGACCCGCGUGAUUAUCCGGCCAGAGCUCGGCAAAUACUCUCCACUACGCCUCUGAUCGACGGGCACAAUGAUCUCCCUUACCUCAUCCGGCUGGAGACAAAAAAUAAGAUUUACGACCACCGGGCGUUUCCCUUUCGAACUGGACUGCUAAGCCAUACAGAUGAAAAGAAAAUCCGUACUGGGAAGCUUGGGGGGCAGUUCUGGAGUGUAUUCGUCGAAUGCCCUGCGGAUCCCAAGGCGAAUAUCGAUGAUCCAACGUGGGCAGUCAGAGAUACACUGGAGCAAAUUGAUGUCGCAAAGCGACUUGUAGAGGAGUACAAUGAUCUUCUCCAGUACUGUGAAACUGCAGCUUGCGCUAAAGCGGCUUUCAAGAGUGGAAAAGUCGGUAGUUUCUUAGGCAUUGAGGGAGGGCAUCAAAUUGGAAAUUCGCUGGGCUCGCUGAGGCAAGUGUAUGAUCUCGGUGUUCGCUACAUCACCAUAACACACAACUGUGACAAUGCUUUUGCGACGGCAGCAUCUACAGUUGCUGCGGGCGGUAAAGACCUUGGACUGGCCAGCUUCGGCCAUGAGUUCGUUGACGAAAUGAACCGUCUCGGAAUGCUGAUCGAUCUGUCGCACGUCUCCCAUCAGACCAUGCGUGAUGUUUUGUCCAGGACGAAAGCCCCAGUGAUAUUUUCGCAUUCCUCUUCAUAUGCACUUUCUAAACAUCUUAGAAAUGUGCCUGACGACGUCCUGCGCGAAGUCGCGAAGAACGGCGGAGUUGUGAUGGUCACGUUUGUGCCUUCAUUCCUUAAGGUGGAUGAUCCUUCGUCCGCAACCAUACAUGACGCCGUUGAGCAUAUUUUCCACAUUGCAGCCGUGGCGGGAUGGGAUCAUGUUGGAGUUGGCGGUGAUUUCGAUGGCACACUCGAUGUCUCCAAAGGCCUUGAGGACGUCUCGAAAUAUCCAGGGCUUGUCGAACUCCUCCUCGAGCGUGGAGCAACGGACGAACAAGUCCGCAAAUUUGUUGGAGAGAAUAUCCUUCGUGUCUGGUCUAGAGCAGAGAAAAUUGCGCAAAAUAUCAAGGCAUCUGGCAAGAAACCAAACGAGGAGACCUGGUCGGGUCGCCGCUGGACGAUGGUCGAUCUCCCCAUGCCGUCCAUGUUUUCUAGUAGCAACAGCAGGUGA